AUGGUUUACCAACUUGUAGGUGCCGUUGCAGGUCUUCUAUGUGGUGCUGGUGGGGCCUUUCUUUGUCGAACCCUUCAACAGGAUGGACUGGGAAGCCCAGUUCACUGCGCAAAGAAAUCCGGGUGGACGUUUUCACCCGAUGAAUUCAGGCCAUUCGAGCUUUUAUCGUCUCGUUAUGAGUCCAAUGAUACCCGACGCUUCUAUUUUGCGUUGGAUAGUUCAGAAGACAUCUUUAACAUACCCGUCGUCUCUUGCAUCGUCGCAAGGAUAACGGGUGCGGAGGGUAGGGAGGUGCUGCGCCCGUAUAUCCCGAUAUCAUCCAAUACCACCAAAGGGCAUUUUGAGAUUUUAGUCCAGCGAACCCCCAACGAUGAGAUGACCGAGCACCUAUUUUCUAUGCAGUCAGGGGAUAAGCUUCUAGUGAAAGGGCCCUUCGAAAAGCUAGUUUACAAGCCCAAUAUGUGGAAGCAGGUCGGCAUGAUUGCGGGCGGUACCGGUAUCACGCCCAUGUAUCAGAUGAUCCGUUCCAUAUUAGAAAAUCCCAAAGAUAGCACCCUCAUUUCUCUCAUCUACGCCAAUCACCAGCGUCGAGAUAUUCUUUUAGCCAAUGAGCUCGUUGAGCUGCAGAAGGUGUACGACAACUUCAAUAUGUACCUAACUCUAGUGGAACCACCUCGUCGAUGGCUUGGGGGCAUUGGCCCCGUUAACUCAUCCAUGAUUUCCACUUUCAUGCCUAAGCCCAGUGAAAAGAAUACCAAAAUUCUAGUUUCUGGGUCCCCUCGUAUGAUGAAGACUAUUGGCGGUGAUAAGUUACUUUCGUCAGGAAGACCACCACGGCAGGGACCUCUUAUGGGGCUGCUGCGUGAAUUAGGAUACAAGGCAGAUCAAGUCUUCAAGUUUUAA